GGGGCUCCACCCCGGCUCCACAGACCACGACAACCCUGAAAACCUGACACUGGUGCAGACAUGCGGGCGACGUCCUGCUGCGGGACUGACACCCUCUGUAACAAACGUGCUGAAGGCCGUUUAAAAUGUUAUCUUAUCGGCAAAGUAUCUGACGGGGAGGUGCAGGCUGUGAAGCCGCCGCCCAAACGCCGACGCAUCCUCGACCCGUCAGCCAUCGUCCCGGUGCCGGUCUACUCGAACCAGGUGAGCAGCAGUCUGCAACUGAAGCCGAUGGCUCCCGUGUUUACAGAGAAGGAAGAAACAGAUGAGGUGGCGGACGACAGUUUGUUGUCUCGGUUCUCGUCUCGAGGAACGGCAGCAGCCGUCGUCACCCUCAGUGACUCCGAGGAGGACGAUGCGGAGCGCGUGGAGGACCGAGCACAACACAACGAGCUAGAAGCCGUUCGCUGCCCAUCUCCACCUCCUGAGAGUCCGGUCCAGAAACAGUCCAGACAGGUUAAAAAGAAGCUCGACGAGAUCGACAGGAGGCUCCGGGCGGUGAACUCCCUCCUGUCUCCGGAGCAUCAGGUCAGGACCAGGUCCAGGCGCCGCCGAGGCCCCCCGUCUCCAACGAUUGAGGAGGAGCAAGACGACGAUGUCAUCAUAAUGACCCCGAACUGGGGCACGCAGAGUUCGCCGUACAGCUCCUCGGUCCGGGAGAUCCCCCUCAAGGUCCGCUGCCGAACGGACGUCCACAAGAUCCCCGUGCUGUCUUCGACGCCUUUGAGGGACGUGCUGGCCCAGCUGUCCGUCACCCUUAACGUCCCGCCCCCACGCCUCCUGUUGUUGAGGGAGGAAGUCGAGCUGCCGGCAGACUCCACCGUCGGUGAGCUCGGCCUCGGCAUCGCAGACAUCAUAGCGGCGGCCAUGUCUCUGGGCGAGCCCACGUCGGACUCUGCGCCGUUCUUCUCCGAUGACAGCGAGGCGGAGGGUCUGGAGGAGGAGGGCGGGGCGGCGGGUCCGCGGCCGCAGGAGGGCCCGUCCAGCGGGGUGUCCAGAGUCCGAGCCCUGCUGACCGUCUUCAUCCUCUUCUACAUCAACCUGCUCAACUACAUGGACAGGUUCACCGUGGCAGGUGUUCUCCCGGACAUAGAGCAUUAUUUUGGGAUUGACGAUGAGAAAUCUGGCUUACUCCAAACUGUUUUUAUCUGCAGCUACAUGUUCCUGGCUCCGUUCUUUGGAUACCUGGGUGACAGGUACAACAGGAAGUUCAUCAUGAGUUUUGGAAUUGCAUUCUGGUCCUUGGUGACGCUGGCCAGCUCCUAUACGCCCAAAGAACAUUUCUGGGCCCUGUUGUUGACCCGGGGCCUGGUCGGAGUGGGGGAGGCCAGUUACUCCACCAUCGCUCCCACCAUCAUCGCUGACCUCUAUGUGAAGGGGAAGAGGACGAACAUGCUCUCCGUCUUCUACUUCGCCAUUCCCGUCGGCAGUGGUCUUGGAUACAUCGUGGGGUCACAAGUCACUAAUAUAGCGAAUGACUGGCACUGGGCUCUGCGGGUGACUCCAGCGUUGGGGCUGAUCGCAGUGUUGCUGCUGCUGUUUGUGGUUCAGGAGCCUAAAAGAGGAGCCAUCGAGGCCCGACCGGAGCACCACCUGCACCAGACCAGCUGGCUGACGGACCUGCAGGCCCUGAGCAAGAACUACAGCUUUGUCUUGUCCACCUUCGGCUUCACGGCGGUGGCGUUUGUCACCGGUUCUCUGGCUCUUUGGGCUCCGACGUUUCUCUUGAGAGCCGCCAUCUUCACCGGGAGAGCUCCCUGUCUGGAGGGACACUGCGCCUCCUCAGACAGUCUGAUUUUUGGGGCCAUCACCUGCGUCACAGGUGUGCUGGGCGUGGCCAGCGGUGUGCAGGCAAGUCGGCUGCUGAGGACGAGGACGCCCCGAGCCGAUCCGCUGGUCUGCGCUGCCGGUCUGCUCCUCUCGGCACCUUUCCUCUACCUGGCCAUCGUCUUCGCCGAGGCCAGCACCAUCGCCACAUACGUUUUUAUUUUCCUCGGAGAGACGUUCCUGUCCAUGAACUGGGCCAUCGUGGCUGAUAUUCUACUGUACGUGGUCGUUCCCACGCGUCGCUCCACAGCCGAGGCUCUGCAGAUCGUCAUUUCUCAUCUGUUAGGAGAUGCUGGAAGUCCAUACCUGAUAGGAGUGGUUUCGGACUCUCUGAGGAGGACGGACUCGUUCCUCUGGCAGUUCCGGUCUCUGCAGCUCUCUCUGCUGCUCUGCUCCUUCGUGGCCGUGGUGGGCGGGGCUUUCUUCCUCGCCACCGCCCUCUUCAUCGAAAGAGACCGUCAGCGGGCCGAGAACUUCGUCCCCACAGAUGACGAGCCGAUUGUUGUACCGAAAAGCGGCCGGUCCACCCGGGUGCCAGUGUCCAGUGUUCUGAUCUGAUGCCAGAAACCUGAUGGAGGGUUUUUUGUGUUCUGCCUGGUCCUUCACACACCUGCGGUUGUUUUAUGAAAUGUUCUUAGGGCUGCGAACACCGAUUGGACUAUCUGCCAUGCAGAAGCAUUUUAGGAUUUUUUUUUUUUUUAAUGUUUUGUCUGCAGUACUUUUUUCUACCUUUCCCAGGAACAUGCCAUCAUUCAGGAAGUAUUUUUUGCAUCCCCGCCAGUUAAUUUGCGUGAGCUCGACACUAUGGGGAACGUUUUCAGAGCAGAUAUAUGAAGUUGAAAAUGAGCACUAGAGACUGAGGAGAAGCAACGGAAGCUGCUCGGUGGAUUUGGUUUUACGUUUUAUUCAACUCUCCGGACCUUCAGUGGGACUCUGGGACAAUAUGAUCCAUAUUCUCAAUAUAACCUCAGUUUAUAUACAGGACAAACUUUAUUAAUCCCUUUUCAUAAUGUUUGAGCUACUUUCAAUGAUAACACUAACCUUCUUACAGUUGAUUAAAUGCCAGAAGUGCAGAACUCACCAGAAUACUGAUCCGAGCUGCCGGGACUGAGGAAGAGUCUCAGAAUCACCUCUGUACCUCUUUCUUCCCGUAUCCAUCUUUCACAGGCAUUACUACUGAUUUCGAUCCCCUCUCUUUUGUUUCAAAUGUUCCCGGUAUUUAAAGCAGAGCUUUGUAAAGGGCUCCGGGUUGGAGCUCAGUCCGGUUCAGAGCAUGUCACCAAGUCGUCUGUGGAGGAGACACUAGUUCCAAAGUCCACUGUCUCCGGUGAGGGCAGGUAGAGCACACGUUACAGAGAAGAUCAUGUUAACAGUGGUUAUUUAAAAAGACAAAAAGCUUUUAAAUGAGUGAAUGUUAAUAAUCAAAGUUUGUUAAGCUCAAAUUAUUUUAGCAAAUCUUUUUUGUGAACUAUUAAACGAGAAUUUACUUGUUUGA